AUUACGUCGUCGCAGUGACAGUGGGCCCCAUACAAAAUCGCUCUAAUAUUCACUGUAGGCCACUCUUACGAUGACGGACUCUAAGAAAGACUUCUCUUCCGUUCAAUUCGACGAACCGGACGAGCUGUACGUUCCCGGUGUCGACAUAUCACCAUCUUAUGUUCUUCCCGCACAAUUUACUGCCUCAUCACGCGACUGGAUCGGUCUGUACAAGGUCGGAUGGCGUUCUUCGAAGGAUUACUAUACGUUUGAGUGGGCACCGGCCGUAAAGAGCGAAGACAGACGCGUCAUGGUCACUUUCCAAAAGCGCCGCUUGCCGCCUCAUGAUGACGGCACGUUCUAUCAGUUUUGUUAUGUCGCUCGAGACGGCAGCGUGCGCGGUGUCAGCUCUGCGUUUCAGAUAUCGAAUCAGCCGAUCAGUGGAACGGAUGACGACGAUCUGGAGUGUCUAGAGAUCGAGGACGGCGACAUGACGUCGGUGGUGCUGGUGAGGAGCAAGAACCAGGAAGUAGCAGAGGAGCUGGCGAGAGCUAAAGAGGAGGCUUCGAAACUGAAGUCGAUGCAUCAGCAGGUCGAGACGGAGCGAGAAGCGUUGAAGGAGCGACUGGUCAACACAGAGACGGAGAGAGAGAAGAUGCAGAGGGUGCAGGAGGAGUUGCGGAUGAAGUUGGGUGAGGAGAGAGAGUCGAUGUUGAAGGUUGAAUUGCGUGUGAAGGAACUAGAGAAGCAGACGGAAGUAUUGAAUGCUAAUCUGGAAGAGUCUUCUAGUGACAACAAGGUUUUGAAGAAGAAAAUUAGUGAGGAGCAGAAAGCACGUGAGCAAUUGUUUGUGAAGGUCCACGACUCUGAACGCGAAGUUCAGUCACUUCAGGCUGCAUUGGAAGCUGUACAGCAGCAGUCGAGUCAUCUGAAGGUAAAGUAUGAAGCAAAGGACAACGAGUCCGACAUCUUGAAGCAACAAAUUUAUGACUUGAAUAAAGAGAAGGAAGCUCUGGUCGUUCGAGUGACGAAGAGUGAGGGGGAACUUCAAGAAAAGACGGCCAUCAAUCUUCAACUGAAUGACAAAGUUGCACAACAAAACUAUGAAUGUGAUCGACUAAUGAGUAAACUGGGUGAUACAGAAAUGACUUUACAGGAACACGAGAGACUGGCCAAGCUGCAUGCCGAUCAACUGACCCUUGAACUGGCUGAUGUUAGAGCAGAACAAGAGCAGUUGAAACGUUACGUGAUAGCUGUGAAGGAUGAACUCGAGGGCACCAAGAAAGCUCUUGCAUCUUCUCGAGAUGAUGCCAAUAUUGCUCAAGAAAAUGUUAUCGAAAUAAUGGGCAGCCAAGAAAAGCUAGAGGUAGCAAGGGGUGAGCUGUUUCGUUUGCAAUGUGAAGCACAAGGAGAGCCGGGUGACAAUGGGCCAAUGUAUGCUCUUAAUCUUGCUCACCAACAGGCUUUACGUGCCCGAGACCGACUUAAACAAGAGAAAGAAACACUCAAAAGAGAAUUGGCUGAAGCCAAACGCAAAGAAGCUACACUGAAGCACUCUAUCAAACAGCUGAAAGAGCAGAUGGAUGAGUCGAGUCUGAGAGAGGAGAAUGUGGCAUUGAAAGAACAAGUUGUUGACUUGAACAGGCGACUCAAGAUGGGAGCAGAUGUGUACAAGGAGAAGUACAUCGAGUGCCAUGACCUCAGUCUCAAGUUGAAGAAACUUCAGCAAACCAAUGCAAGGCUAGCAUCACAAACGGAUGUGGAAGGCGAUGUCCACGAAGCAGAAACAGAUGUCAAUACAGUGAAGAUUAUUGCUGAUCUGAGAAAAGCGAAUGCUGAGCUAAAAGCGUUCAUCGUUUCGUUUGAAAACCAAGAAUCACAAGUGGAGCAACACAAAGCAUAUGGAACACAAAGUGAGAGGACAGCAGAGCUUCAAGCUAUUUCAGAAGCAGAAACAGAUUUGGAGAUAGAAAAACUGAGGCUUGAGAACGAACAGCUUCGAGGCAAGUGCCUGGAGUUACAAGCCACCAUCGACGUGCUGGGCGACUCAAACUUAUCAUACGUCCACGUCUCAUCACAAUCAGCAUACGAAGAGCAAGAACACAUGGAGCAGCUGGCAGCCGAGCUAGCAGAUCGAAGGCAGAGAGAAAACGAUCUAAAAGAAGAAGUGCACAAGCUAAAGUCAGCCAAAGAAGUUCUCGAAGAAGAACAGAAACAACUUGCUGACCGACUUGAGCUGUUUGAGAGUGAAAAACAGGAGGAGCUCGAAGGCAUACUGGGAGACCUUCGAGCACAGCUGCAAGAGGUGGAAAGAAGCAAACAAUUGAUGGCAGACAAUUUCAAGACGAAAGAGCAAGAGAUGAUGGAACAGCUAGAGGCGUCUGAUGCGGCCGUCGCGAAACAGAUGGAAGACAUCGAAAAACUGCAGGAGAAACUGAGAGACAGACACAUCUAGCAUCGUUGCCACAGACUAUGAACAAGUAGAGUAUGUCUACAUUGUUGCGUUGUUGUUGAAAUCUCUAUUGUAAUCGCAUUUUAUCCAUGCAUGUAAUCAAAUCAACAUGAGGAGAGCUACAGUUAGUCAAUUAUGCUAUGAAAUUGGA